AUGGCCCCCAAAUUCCUGGCCUACGUCGAUAAGAAGGGUCGUCCAUUGAACGUCAUUAUUCUCCAGCUGCUUUUCGGAUGCCUUGCCUUCAUCAACUUGGCGGGAGAAAGCGGCGGAAACAUCUUCAACUGGCUCCUUGCAUUGUCGGGUCUUUCGAUUCUUUUCAUCUACGGCGGAAUCGGUCUUGCCCACGUCCGGUUCCGUGCAGCCUGGUAA